AUGGAGUUCGUGCGCGCGCUGUGGCUCGGCCUGGCGCUGGCGCUGGCGCUGGGGCCCGGGCCCGCCGGGGGCCACCCGCAGCCGUGCGGGGUCCUGGCGCGCCUGGGGGGCUCCGUGCGCCUGGGCGCCCUCCUGCCCCGCGCGCCCGCCGCCCGCGCCCGCGCCCGCGCCGCCCUGGCCCGGGCCGCCCUGGCGCCGCGGCUGCCGCAGAACCUGAGCCUGGAGCUGGUGGCCGCCGCGCCCCCCGCGCGCGACCCCGCCUCGCUGGCCCGCGCGCUGUGCGAGGUGCUGGCGGCGCCGGGCGCGGCGGCCGUGCUCGCCUUCCCCGCGGCGCGGCCCGAGCUGCUGCUGCUGCACUUCCUGGCGGCCGCCACCGAGACCCCCGUGCUCAGCGUGCUGCGGCGGGAGGCGCGCGCGCCCCUGGGCGCCCCGAACCCGUUCCACCUGCAGCUGGCCUGGGCGAGCCCCCUGGAGACGCUGCUAGACGUGCUGGUGUCGGUGCUGCGGGCGCACGCCUGGGAGGACGUCGGCCUGGCGCUCUGCCGCGUGCGGGACCCCCAUGGCCUGGUGGCCCUCUGGACGAGCCGGGCUGGCCGAGCCCCGGAGCUGGUGCUGGACCUGGGCCGGCCGGACGUGGGCGAGGCGGGGCUGCGGGCACGCCUGGCCCCGCUGGGGGUGGGGGCGGUGGCGGGGGGCACGGCCCAGGUGCCCGCGGCCGUCCUCCUCGGCUGCGACGCCGCCCGCGCCCGCCGCGUGCUGCAGGCCGCGCCCCCGGGGCCCCGCUGGCUGCUGGGCACGCCGCUGCCCGCUGAGGCCCUGCCCACCGAGGGCCUGCCGCCCGGGCUGCUGGCACUGGGCGAGGUGGCCCGGCCCCCGCUGGAGGCCACUGUCCACGACGCCGUGGAGCUGGUGGCCCGGGCGCUGGGCGGCGUGGCCCGUGUGCAGCCAGAGCGAGCCCUCCUCCCCGCCGGGGUCGACUGCAACGACCCUCAGCCCGCCGGGCCCGAGUCCUCGGGCCGCCUCUUGGCGCAGUUCCUGGCUAACACGAGUUUCCAGGGCCGCACGGGGCCCGUGUGGGUGACCAGCUCCUCCCGGGUCCACACGUCCCGGGCCUUCCGCGUGUGGAGCCUGCGCCAGGACCCUCGGGGCGCGCCAGCCUGGGCUACGGUGGGCACCUGGCGGGACGGGCGGCUGGAGCGGGAGCCGGGGGGCGUGGCCGCGCGGCCCCCACCCCCGCCGGGCGCCGGGGCGCGGCCGAGGCUGCGCGUGGUGACCCUGGUGGAGCACCCAUUCGUGUUCGCCCGCGAGCCGGACGAGGACGGCCAGUGCCUGGCGGGCCAGCUGUGCCUGGCGCCCGGCACCAACGACUCGGCCGCCCUGGACGCGCUGUUCGCGGCGCUGGCCGACGGCUCGGCGCCCCGGGCCGUGCGCCGCUGCUGCUACGGUUACUGCAUGGACCUGCUGGCGCGGCUGGCGGAGGACGCGCCCUUCGACGUCGAGCUCUACAUCGUGGGCGACGGCAAGUACGGCGCCCUGCGCGGCGGCCGCUGGACCGGCCUGGUGGGCGACCUGCUGGCCGGCCGGGCGCACAUGGCGGUGACCAGCUUCAGCAUCAACUCGGCCCGCUCGCGGGUGCUGGACUUCAGCAGCCCCUUCCUCGCCACCAGCCUGGGCAUCCUGGUGCGCGCGCGGGACGCUGCCUCGCCCCUCGGCGCCUUCACGUGGCCGCUGCACUGGGCCAUGUGGCUGGGCGUCUUCGCCGCCCUGCACCUGACCGCGCUCUUCCUCACGCUCUACGAGUGGCGCAGCCCCUACGGCCUCACGCCCCGCGGCCGCAACCGCGCCACCGUCUUCUCCUACUCGUCCGCCCUCAACCUCUGCUACGCCAUCCUCUUCGGCCGCACCGUCUCCAGCAAGACGCCCAAGUGCCCCACCGGCCGCCUGCUCAUGAACCUCUGGGCCAUCUUCUGCCUGCUCGUGCUGUCCAGCUACACGGCCAAGCUGGCCGCCGUCAUGGUGGGCGACAAGACCUUCGAGGAGCUGUCGGGGAUCCACGACCCCAAGCUGCACCGCCCGCCCCCCGGCUUCCGCGUGGGCACCGUGCGCGAGAGCAGCGCCGAGGCCUACAUCACGGCGAGCUUCCCCGAGAUGCACGCGCACAUGCGGCGCCACAGCGCGCCCACCACGCCCCGCGGCGUCGCCAUGCUCACGAGCGACCCCCCCCAGCUCAACGCCUUCAUCAUGGACAAGGCGCUCCUGGACUAUGAGGUCUCCAUCGACGCCGACUGCAGGCUGCUGACCGUGGGCAAGCCCUUCACCAUCGAGGGCUACGGCAUCGGCCUCCCCCAGAACUCGCCGCUGACCUCCAAGCUGUCCGAGUUUAUCAGCCGCUACAAGUCCUCGGGCUUCAUGGACCUGCUCCACGACAAGUGGUACAAGAUGGUGCCUUGUGGGAAGCGCGUCUUCGCCGUUACAGAGACCCUCCAGAUGGGUAUCUACCACUUCUCGGGGCUCUUCGUGCUGCUCUGCCUGGGCCUGGGGAGCGCCCUGCUCUGCUCUCUGGGCGAGCACGUCUUCUACCGCCUGGCGCUGCCGCGCAUCCGCAGGGGCCACCGGCUGCAGUACUGGCUGCACACGAGCCAGAGAAUCCACCGCGCCCUCCACGCGGAGCAGCCCGACGGGCAGGAGGAGCCGCAGCCCAGGGCUCCUGAGGAGCAGCGGGAGGACACUCCGGCCGCGCCCGCGGGCCCGGGGCGCUGGACACGGGAGCGCCACGUGCGCUUCCUGCUGGAGCCGGCGGGGGCCGCUGUCGCACCGGACGCGGACACAGACGCGGACGCGGCGGGGUCGCCCGAGGGCCCCGUCUGGCUCUGCUCCAACGGCCGCCCGCCCGCCGCGCCGCCCACGGGCGCCCCCCGGCCCGGCGACCCGGAGGGGCUGGAGGAGCUGGAGGCGCUGGAGCGGCGCAUCGCGGGCGCGCGAGAGCGGCUGCGGCGGGCGCUGGGGCGGCGCGCGGAGCUCCUGGCCCAGCUCGGGGACGGCGCCCGCCAGCGGCCGCUGCGCCUGCUCCGGGCCCGCGCCGAAGGGCCCGGGGCCGCCCGGUGACGGCGACGCGGCUCCACCAGGGGCGCGCGUCCGCGGUGACCACGCCCCGCGCCUGCGCAGAAGCCCAUCCCGCCCGGGAGCGGCGGCGCCGUCCCCUCCGGUCCCCACACAUGCACACGCGCGCACAGACACACACGGAGAC